UGCAAACUUCAGCGUCGCUGCCUCGAGACCAAUCAUUACAAGUUUCGUCAAACACUGUCGAUUUUUGGAUGUCUCAUCCACGGUGGAUUGAUAAAGAAUUGGAAAAGCUUUCCAAAAUUCAAUCCAAAUAUGAGCAACAACUUGAGAGGAUAAAAACGCGUGGCCGCAGGCGCUCUAGGUCGGUCGAGCCGGAGCGGACAACGGUAGAAAGUUUAUUUUCACAAACGAAAAUAACAAUUGAACACAGAAUGGUCCUUCCGGAAAAUUUCACGGAGGAAAAUAUUAUUUCCAGAAACAACAAAGCGGAGGCGAAUUUGUGGCUUCCAGUUCCUAAGCCGUUAGAACAAAAGGCGUCAUCAGAUUCGGCAAUUGCAUCAGUCCAGGCAGGUUGCAAAUGCAGCAAGUGCCGCUGCGCGCAGCGGUAUUGCAUUUGUUUUAAGAGUCAUACUCGCUGCACUCGACUGUGUAGGUGCAGUAAAGAAAAUUGCACAAAUCAGCAGCGAGCAGCCGCGGCAAGUAAUAACGGGGGUCUUACUACUGGCAAAGAAAACGAAAGCAACCCGCUGGCCAGCACCAUCAACAAACCUGCCUCGCGGUCAUGAGUGCCAUUCUCAACAAACUCGGAGCCGACAGACUGAAGCUAUUGCCACAAUCUCUACGGAAAGCGGAACUGGUGAUGGUUCGCUCUGCAACAAAGUUGUCAGGGUCAAGAAGUGACGAGGACUCGUCGGAACGCUUGCUACCAGAAGUCUAAUGCCAAGCCGAAAAGUACCUCAAGCGUACCGUCCUCCAGAGUACCCUGGUGGGGAAUUGUUAUUCUCAUUAUUAUUAUUAUCACUCAACGCGCUCGAGCGCGUGUAUAACUAAUAAUUUUUUUACUCAAACUAAGUUUCGAUCUAAAAUAAACUUGUAUAUAAUAUUAUUAUA